CGUCGAUCUCGCAUGGCCACCGGCCCGCGAUCUCUCCACGCCCUCCUCGGCGGCGGCGCAGUCGCCGACUUGCUGCUGUGUAGGCGGAGGAACGCCUCGGCGGCGGCCGUGGUGGGCGCCACCGCGGUCUGGUUCGUCUUCGAGCGCGCGGGCUACAGCUUCCCUUCCGUCCUGUCCAACGCCCUGCUCCUCCUCGUCGCCAUCCUCUUCUUCUGGGCCAAGUCCGCUUUGCUGCUUAACAGGCCUCUUCCACCUCUUCCUAACCUUGAGGUUUCAGAUGCAGUUGUUGAAAAGGCUGCAGAUUAUGCUCUUGUAUGGAUCAAUAGGCUGCUGGCUGUCGGUCAUGACAUCGCCAUCAAGAGAAAUAGGAAAGUUUUUAUAAAGGUGAUAUUGAUUUUGUGGCUGGUUUCAUUUGUUGGAAUGCUCUUCAACUUUCUUACACUCAUUUACAUUGGUGUAAUGCUUUCUCUGUUGGUUCCACCACUCUAUGAGAAGUAUCAGGAUCAGGUUGAUGAAAAGGUUGGCGUAGCGCACAGUAUAAUAUCGAGGCACAUAAAUACCAUUGUUAUCAGGGCUGGGCAAUCAGCCAAGGAGAAGAAGACUGAAUAAAAGAAUUGUUUUGAUGUAUUGUGGAACAUCUCUGGUUGUCAAGUGGAGUUAUGAUAGUGGGCUUUUCAUCUUUGGACUCUCCAUAUGGCCCUCCACUUACAUUAGUUCUCGAUAUGCUGAUCUGAGGUUUUGAUGUGCGCUGUUGAUUUCAGGAAAUGAGACGGCUUGUGUAUUUUUUUCUUUUUGAACAUGAGGUUUACUAUGGGCGCAUAUCUUACUCGAAAUGAUAUUUUGAGAAAUUGCAACUCGUGCAUACAAGUGUGUGGGCUGCUUGCGCUGUUAGCCAUAUGAUCUCUCUGUCACUGAUUUUAAUUUUAGGCUGCUCUGACGAACUCUGUGGAGCUCAUUCGAUGCCCAUCUGCUGGUAGCUCGUUUUCUGAAAUACUAAUAAGAUGUAUUUUGCAAAGACAGCUGUACCGUGUGAAUGAAUGGGUUAUUUUGUCGACGAUUCUGU